AUGUCCAAUAUAAAAGAUAUUGUUUCAAAAUUUCAAUUCAAUCGUAUAUUAUCCAACGAUACAAGAACCAAGCUUGUUUACGUAUUGGGCCAAAUUGACGGACAAGACUGUAUCAUCUCGUUUGAAAAGACACAAUACGAUGCCACGAAUAUACCCAACUUAACAAGCACUGUCAAUAGUAACACGAUGAAUGAUGUUGUUGAAAACAACAUUUACGGAUGGUGCAUGGCUCAUCUCGAGAGCAAGGAACCUGAUACUCGUAUCAAAACUAUCUAUCCAGCUACAGAUGUCCAUAUUGCCAAAUAUGAAGCACAAUCUCGCGUUAUACUUGUCGAGACGCCCGAACUAUACGAAUCCAUCACAUUGCCGUACAUCAAGAGCAUCCCAGAAAAGCGCACAGCAUGGGUUCACAACAUCCUACAUGGUUCAGCUGAGGCGGAUCGAGUGAUUUUCCAUGAUUGUGAUCCUGAGAAUGGAUUUGUCAUUUUGCCGGAUAUGAAAUGGGAUGGACGCGACGAGACCCUGUACUGGGUAGCUAUUUCGAUGCGAUCUGAUAUUUUGUCGUUGCGAUCACUCUCAAGCCAACAUUUGAAAUUCUUGAAAAAGCUACGAGAGACAAGCUACAGACUUGUCAAGGAGAAAGCAGGUCUGUCACCAAGUCAGCUGCGAUUAUUCAUCCACUAUCAACCGUCUUAUUAUCAUUUUCAUGUGCACAUCACAGCAGUUGCCUUCUCGGAUGCGCCUGGUGUUGUUUCAGGACAAGCUCAUUUACUGGACACAGUCAUCAACAACAUUGAACUUUAUCCAGACUAUUAUCAAAAAGCAACUAUCCCUUUUGUAAUUGGGGAGAAUCAUCAAUUAGCUAGUGGAUUCACCAAGAAAUAA